UCGGAUACGCGAGGAUCGUAACUUUAUUUGAGUGCCUGUAAGAAAUAGGAACUAUCUUACAUGCUUUGUGGAUUUGUGAAUCUUUGGUAGAUUUCCACUGGCUUACCGUUAAAGGGACUGGUAAAGUGAGCACGAUGAGUUUUAAACUCAUUAGUUUAACUAACUCAUCAGAACUCUCUGAGUUUAACAAACCGAAAGUAGCCUGAGCACUCCUGGGUUGACGCCGACGUUUGUGGUGUCAACCUCCAGCAAUGGCCUCCAGUGACAAAAACAUUUACUUCAUCAUUACUCGAAAUCCUGCAUCAUAUAAAUGGAACAAAACAGGCCGCAUUUGUUACAUAAAUAAGGACAAAUACUUACGACAGAAGAAACAAAAGGCCACCACUUUACGUGUUACAUGUAUCGGCGAUGUAUAUGAAAAUACAUUGCCGUCUGACAUUGUACAGGAGCUGACCCAGCAAGAGGCAGAGUUACUGUUGGCUCUAGACAAAGAUGAAGCGAGAUUAGAAGAAAUUAAACUAGGAGAACAAUUAAGGCAUGCAGUAAGCUUGCAUAUAGGUUCUGAAGUCACAGUGGAGCUAAAUGCAGAGUGGCUGAAAGGUGUGGUUAGAUACAUCGGUAGACUCUCAGACCUAAACCAUAGAGAUCCUAUCGUUGGAGUAUUUUUUGGGGUUGAAUUACAGGGACAAGACAAGGGGAAAGGCCAGAACAGUGGAUCCUUCUGCUACAAAUCCUACUUUCAGUGUCCAAAGGACUGUGGAAUUUUUGCCCCCUUCAACAGAAUUAAACCUCUGCAUUCCAAACAAUCCAGUACCUGUGCGGCACCUCGGUCUAGUCUCCCUGAACCCACCACAGAGCAGCUGGUUGUGGGAGAUCGUGUAACUUAUUGCAUUAAGGACACAUGGCUCCAUGGUAUGGUUUUGGAGCUAGACAAUGAAAAAGGUGUGGUUCUGAUCUCAACGGACAUAGAUGAAAAUGGGAGGGAGGGAGGAGAGAUGAAAAUGUCCUUGGAUCAUGUUAUUAAAGAAGCAGAUUUCAAUAAAGAUGAAACGGAAAUGAUGGAAAUUCCAGAAAUGGCAAAUGAUUUGGGUACUCAUGGAGCCAUAGGUCUGGGGUCCAUGGUAGAGGUGCUCCUUGGUAAAGGACCUGUCCGUGCAACCGUUUGCUGGAUGGGCCAUCUCCCGGGACUAACUGACACCAGGGUUGGACUGGAACUGGAAGAAGACUAUGGGGUGAAUGAUGGUACAUUUAGAGAUGUGCGGUAUUUUACAUGUCCUGCGAAGCGUGGUCUGUUUGUUAAGCUCUCCUCUUGCCGUCCUGAUGCUCGUUUUCUGGGUGACUCUGCAGCAAAUAGACAUUUUGAUCAUGAUGGGCAGGAUGCAUCGGCCCCACAGGCGAAUGUCCCACCUGUUGCAUCUGAGGAUGUGCUGAGGGUCCUGAUUGGCCGGAUGAAGGGCAUCCAGGGUCACUGUAACUCCUGCUACAUGGACUCUGCCCUCUUUAGUUUAUUUUCCUGUUCAUCAGUAGUGGACUCACUCCUGUUUAAGAGAAUUAAGCGGAAAGAUGAAGCCAUCCAGAAAACAAUUCUGAGGGAUAUUGUGUGUCCUCUGCGCCGUGACGGCUUUGUGGCUGCCCAGAGCGUGAUGAAGCUUCGCCAGUUGCUGCAGGCGCGUGGACACUGUCCCAGCUAUACCACGGAUGAGAAAGAUCCAGAGGAGUUUCUUACACUCAUCAUGCAAGAGGUUCUGUGUCUGGAGCCACCACUCAAACUGAAGUCAUUCAGUCAGGCUAAAGGCAUACUAGGAGCAGUGGAGUCUAGCUACUUCUACCAAAUCUUUGUGGACUACAACAACUGCCUGAUUUUACCCACUGUGCAGCAGCUGCUGGAGCAGUCCUUCCACAGCAGUGGUGUCAGACUUGCAGAGAUCCCCUCUUGCCUGAUUCUUACCAUGCCUCGCUCUGGGAAGCAGUUUAAAAUGUUCCCCAAAAUCAUUCCCUCUCUAGAACUGGACAUCACUGGUCUUCUGUCUGAUGGUCCUCAGCAGUGUGUCAUCUGUGGUGAGCUGGCAUAUUUGGAGUGUUCUGAAUGCCUUGGAGAGUCGGUUUUUAGCAAUACAGGAUUCAAACAUUUCUGUGAGAAGUGUUCAACUCAGGUCCACAGCCACCCCUGUCGACAGCGGCAUAAACCAGCCUGCUUGCACCUGCCUGAAGGUUUUCCUCGCCAUUGGGGUCCAAGCAUCCCUCCACGUGAAAAGCUGGAGCUGUUUGCUGUUCUCUGCAUUGAGACCAGCCACUAUGUCUCCUUUGUCAAACAUGGGCCAAAAGCAACUGACUGGAUCUUUUUUGAUAGCAUGGCUGAUCGACAAGGGGAAAGCGAUGGCUUCAACAUCCCUGAAGUUAAAGCGUGCACAGAAGUGGGACGCUAUCUCUCCAUGCCCCUGGCUGAGCUGGCCAUCCAGGCUCCUCGGCAGAUGGAAGGGGUGGCAAAAAGACUCUUCUGCGAUGGCUACAUGUACCUGUACCAGAGCCCCAGUAUGGCUCUCUACCGCUAACACAGACAGCUCUCCAGGACAAUUACUGUACUUCUGAGUGGACUUGGCUGCCAUACAUUAUUGCUUUUUUCUAUUGUAUGUUUUGGUACUGAUGGGUGAUAUAACUGAGGAAUGUUAAAUGCUUAAGUAGAGUACUCAGAUAGUAACCCAUCUUUACAGGGGAAGCAUGUUUCCAACUCAAGAUGGUCAUUUUUAUGCCAAAUCAAUAUAUUACUGAUUAUCAAUAUAUUACUGCCUUAUUCUUGCACAUGUAGUCUUCUGUAGAUUUGUAGACACAUUUAGGCUUUCUUUACAAGUCUUUUGUAAUUUGUAUUCAUGAUCUUGCAUUCUUGCACACUUCCCCUGAAACAAUGAGUACAUUGAAUCCAGGCUAAUGGGUUUGGUGAGAACAAAAAACCAAAAAUGAAUCAAGGACAUAUCCUGCUGCAUGUAGUGUGGCUAUUGGAAAACUGAUGAGAGGGUGUUUUGUUGGUUAAAUGUGCUGCGCUUUUGUGCGGGAAGCCAUAGAAUUCUACUAUUAUAUUAUUGGGAAUGGGCUCCACCAUGGUUACUGGAAGAUGGUGGAAAUGUGUAUAUUUUUUAUGUAGUGGGAGCUCUGAUGACAGAAAGAGCUAAAACUACUGUUUUGAUUACUUUGUGCAAUGCAUUCAUGCAAUCACAUGGUCUCUCAGGGAAAUUGCUUAGGAAAUUUGUUCCAGUGCAAAAAUGUCAAUGCAAUAUUCAACAUAAAAACUUGUACAAUAAUCAAA